GGAAGCAGCGCCAUCAAGAUGGCGGCGCUGGGACGGCUGUUUCUAACCACUCACCAUACAAGCCUGGUUGCUGUCAGAUGGGCUUCUAAGAAAAGUGGGGGCAGCUCGAAAAACCUAGGUGGCCGCAGCCCAGGGAAACGCUAUGGGUUCAAAAAAGUCGAAGGUGCAUUUGUCCAUGCAGGAAACAUUUUGGCUACGCAGCGGUUGAUCCGCUGGCAUCCUGGCGCUCACGUGGGGAUGGGCCGUAACAAGACACUCUAUGCCCUGGAGGAUGGGAUUGUGAGAUACACGAAAGAGGUCUACGUGCCCCCACCCCGCAGCAGCGAGAGCAGGGAUGUGAUCUGCCAGCUGCCCAAAGGAGCAGUCCUUUAUAAAACUUUUAUCAGUGUUGUCCCUACCACAGAGGUAGGAAGCUUCAAACUCGUCAACAUGCUGUGAACCUGCUGUGUCAUGUGGGCACAGAUGGAAAGGACCUCUACACUGUACUGGCAUCUGAGGACAAGAGUGGCUCUGAAGAUACCAUUCUAGGAUUUGGUUUUGUUCCUGAAGUGCUUGUGAUCUGUGUUCAGGCACUGAGAUCAUCUGCUGGCAUUUUUAUGAGUGUUUAAUAAAUGCUGUGGGGCAGCUGAAGGUCUUGGCUGCUCAUGGAAUAUGUUACCAUGGUCAUGUAGUAUCUGGAGAGCCUGGUCUGUUGUGCCAUUGGAUGAAUUCCCUCUACAAUCACUCUUGUGCCAGUACUUGUCCUGCUAAUAAUUCCCUCUAUUUUUGCUCAUUUUUAGUCAUUACUGUUCUAUUUGUACCUUAAUUCACAAUACUACAGAACAGAUCCUUUUCCACAUGCACCUAUGCUGUGUACCUGGAAGCUGGAUUUUUCCCUCUAGCUCACUCAUCUCAAUGCUUAACUUAAAUAUCUGAGUGUGCCAUUCACUGGCCAUGUGAGGCAAGUUCACAGGCCUAAUUCUAGCUCAUUACUGAGUUCAGGGGGCCUGGCAAGAUGCCCAAAUUGGGACUAGUAUUUGAAGCCUCAGCAGCUGGAGGUGUAUGAUAAAGCAUUACCCAGGAUACUCAUCCUUUUAUCUUUGAGUCAUUUUGUGACAUUUUUGAGCUUAUAUUGCUAAAAAUAAAGGACCCUCAAUGUGUUGUGCCCAAA